AUGGCAGCGGCAAACCCCUCAGUUACUGACGGACCUCGAAAGUCGCUCAUCCUCAAUGCGUUCGUUGAGAUGUGUAGUGGCCAUCAGUCUCCUGGGCUGUGGCGCCACCCAGAAGAUGAAUCCCACAGGUUCAACGACGUAGACCACUGGAUUGAGCUAGCACAACUGCUGGAAUCAGCCAAGUUCCAUGGCAUCUUCAUCGCGGAUGUCCUAGGCGGAUACGACGUGUACAAAGGACCCCGAAACCUCGCUCCGGCGAUUGUUUCCGGAGCGCAGUGGCCCGUCAAUGAACCGCUAGCUGUGGUUUCGGCAAUGGCAGCUGCGACAAAGAAUAUCGGAUUCGGGGUGACGGUGACGACGACCUAUGAGCAGCCAUAUCAUUUGGCUCGUCGGCUAUCGACGGUGGAUCAUUUGUCCAAGGGACGGUAUGUUGUCACCGGAUAUCUGGACUCAGCAGCUCGGAACCUGGGCCAUACCCAGCAACCCCAGCAUGACGACCGAUAUGCUGUUGCAGAAGAAUACGUGAGAGUAACCUAUAAGCUCUGGGAGUCUUCCUGGCGUGACGAUGCUGUUGUCCUCGAUCGUGAACGCGGAAUCUACACUGAUCCCAGCCGUGUCCGGGAAAUCAACCACGAGGGCAAAUACUUCACCGUCCCUGGUCCACACCUGUGCCAACCGAGUCCGCAGCGGACACCCGUCAUUCUUCAAGCUGGCACGUCCAAGGCAGGCAAGACGUUUGCCGCGCAACAUGCGGAGGCGAUCUUUGUGGCCGGACACAGUCCUGCAGUGGUUGCGAAGAAUAUCGCAGAGAUACGUGCGAUGGCACAGGCACAGUUCGGGCGUGAUCCCAAGAGUAUCAAGUUCUUGGCACUUUUGUGUCCGGUAUUGGGCCGUACAGAGGAAGAGGCACGGGAGAAGUUCGCGUAUUAUCGCAGCCUAGGCUCGAUCGAUGGCGCAUUGGCGCUCUUUGGUGGGUGGACGGGAAUUAACCUGGACACGUACGGUGAUGAUGAAGAGCUGCGACAUGUAGAGAGCAACGCAAUCCGCUCUGCCGUCGAGGGCUGGUCCAAAUCAACCCCCGAAGUCGCCAAAUGGACCAAGUCAACUGUUGGUCAGCAUAUCACGAUGGAACGCUGGGUGAGAGAAGCCGAUGUCGACGGAUUCAACCUGGCCUACGCUAUCAAGCCAGGAUCUUUCAAGGAUAUCAUCGACCUGUUGAUUCCAGAACUUCGUCGACGCGGAUUGUUCUGGGAGGAUUAUGCUGUUGAGAGGGGAACGUAUCGGGAGAAUCUGUAUGGCAAACCAGGGCAGACAGGUCCCCCGGUGGAUCAUCCUGCGUCCAAGUACCGCUGGCAUGCGGGAGUAGACGCUGCCGAUCAUAAGAUUCCCGAAAACUAG